GCUUUCUCUCGUCGGCUCGGACAGCGCAUCGCGAUCCUGCUCGCGCCCCUGCGGACGACCUCGGUCGGCGGACGAAAUGAAGCGACGGCGGUUGUCCGCCGUGGGGGACGUGGACGGGGCGGUUGGAACGUUGGGAUGUUAGAUACCCCCGUGGGGCACGCACAGAGUUCCCCCCGCUGUGGGAGAGCCGUGCACCACGGCGGGGCAGAGAACGUACAGCCAUCGGGCUGGCACGAGGAGCGCCACACAGGGAGCGAAGGGACUGCUCUGGCCACGGCGCGAACUUCGAGGGUGGAAGCGGCAGGGGACUGGCGCCGCGCGGAGCGCAGCAACUCCGCCGAGGACGGGGAGGCGGACAACACUGACAGCGCGUGGCCGUGCGGAGGCAGCCACGCCCUCCCCCCGCACGCAAGGAAGCUCAGCAUCGCUGAACCGAUGCCUGUCCCCGA